AUGGCUGCAUUAUUAGAAGCUGGACAAAAGAAACUUCAGCAAAUCAAUACAAUUUUAAAUGCGAAUAUUGUAUUGUUAGAAAGAGAAUUGAAACAAGAAAAAAAAGAAGCUGAACGUUUAAUCGAAACGUUAAAGGAUAAGGCAAAUAGCCUUAAAGCGAAUAUAAGGAUACAUAAGGAAUUUUUCAAUUAUGCUUCUCUUGUUUUGCGCAAUAGACCGUAUCCUGGUGUGGAAAAUUACACAAGAUACGCAGUGGCGCGCUUGGGAUUAUUGCCGUUGGCCAACAUAGAGCCACUCGAACCUGAGUUCGGUCCAGUUAUCAAUAAUGUAACGUCCUUCCAUUAUUGCAUUACCGUUCCUAAAUGUCGUAAUGUUAAUGCCAACCGCAGUGUUUUUAUAGCUAUCGUUUCAGCUCCUGAAAAUUCCGACAAACGAAAAGUAGUCCGGCAAACCUGGGCAAAGCAUUUGCAAGUUGAGAACGAAAAAGGUUUGCUGGAAAUUGCAGGUUUUGCUUUCAUUUUAGGAUUGACUGAAAAUAAUGUGACGCAAAAUAGUAUAAAAGAAGAGAGUGCGACGUUCGGUGAUAUCAUUCAGAUAGAGAUGUCUGAUUCCUACAGAAAUUUAUCUUUGAAAGUUGCUGGCCUGUUUAACUGGUUGCACAAAAACUGUGCCGCAGUCGACUUUGUCGUGAAAGUGGACGACGAUGUUUACGUCAAUGCACGUAAUCUAGCAUAUUUUGCGCAAUCCUAUCAUCGUUCCAACCGGAGUAUGUUCGGCUUAUCUGCUGGAUACUUAAUUGCUAAUAGAGUUGGCAAAUGGAAUAUCUCUUACGAGGAGUGGCCAUGGAAGCAGUAUCCUCCGUAUUAUUUAGGUCCUGCCGUAAUAAUACCAGGAAGCACAAUUCGUCCACUAUUGGCUGCCUUUCAAACUACACCCAUGAUGCCUUUUGACGAUGUCUACUACGGCGGAAUCUGUACGGAAAAAGCUGGGAUUAAAAUUCAGCAGUCCUCCAAUUCAUUCAAUGUCUUCGCGACAAGCCAACCAGAUUUUCCACACGCAUGCGACAUCCGCUUAUUUGUGGCAUGGCUCACUGCAUCCAGCAAACACAUGAAUACCUCUCACAUGGUAACUGACGACUUCUACCACAAAAGGACCCAAUGCAUUGUGUCCGACGCAAGUGGAACCAACAGUGCAAUUGAUUCCAACCAGCCAGUCCCAUUCGUCUUUGUUUAA